UCAGCGCGCCGAGUGAGUGUAAAUAAUACACGUCUAGCGUGCGCUGUUCUUAUUUAUUAUAAUAUUCUCCAACACGCAUCGGGGUGUUGUUUAAAAAUACUGCAGGACAGUAGAGAUACACUCGGUGCAAGAUGUUUGCCGGGUUGCCUGAGCUCGGGAUCUCCAAUGGCGAGGAUUUGAAAGAAACUUUGACGAACUGCACAGAGCCUCUGAAGGCUAUAGACCAGUUUCAGAUGGAGAACGGCAUACUGUUGCCGACGCUGCAGUCCGCGCUCCCGUUCCUCGAUCUUCAUGGCACACCUCGGCUGGAGUUCCAUCAGUCGGUGUUCGACGAGCUCCGUGAGAAACUGAUGGAGCGAGUCGCUUCCCUCGCCGAAGGCAAAGACGACGACAGAUACCACAAGUUGGAGGAACUUCUCGAGAAGAGCUUCCCGCUGGUCAAAAUGCCAUCCAUUCAGCCUGUCGUCAUGCAGGUCAUGAAACACUUACCGAAGGUGCCGGAGAAGAAGCUGAAGCAGGUGAUGGCUGAUAAGGAGCUGUAUAAAGUCUGCGCAGUUGAGGUGAAGAGGCAGAUCUGGCAGGAUAACCAGGCUCUGUUCGGCGAUGAGGUCUCUCCACUGCUCAAGCAGUACAUCGUGGAGAAAGAGGCCGCGCUGUUCAGCAGUGAUCCCUCCAUCCUGCAUAACUUCUUUAGUCAGUCUCCUAAAACCAGGCGGCAGGGAGAAGUUGUACAGAAGCUCACGCAGAUGAUAGGAAAGAACGUCAAACUAUACGACAUGGUGCUGCAGUUCCUGAGGACGCUUUUCCUGCGUACCCGUAACGUACACUACUGUACCCUGCGCGCUGAGCUCCUCAUGUCCCUACACGACCUGGACGUCAGCGAGAUCUGCUCCGUCGAUCCCUGCCACAAGUUCACUUGGUGCUUGGACGCCUGCAUCAGGGAAAAAUUUGUCGACGCCAAACGAGCCCGAGAGCUGCAGGGUUUCUUGGACAGUAUGAAGAAAGGCCAGGAGCAAGUGCUCGGGGACCUCUCUAUGAUCCUGUGUGAUCCGUUUGCCAGCAACACACUUGUCUUGAGCACGGUGAGGAACCUGCAGGAGCUGCUCAGCCAGGACGCCUUGCCCAGAGACAGUCCGGACCUGCUGCUGCUCCUAAGGAUGCUCUGCCUCGGACAGGGAGCCUGGGACAUGAUUGACAGCCAGGUUUUCAAAGAGCCACGCCUGGAACUGGAAGUAGUUACACGUUUCCUGCCUGCCAUGAUGUCGAUAGUGGUGGAUGAUUACACGUUCACUGUAGAACAGAAGCUCCCCAGUGAAGAGAAGAGCUCCCUCACUUACCCCAGCACCCUGCCUGACACAUUCACCAGAUACCUGCAGGAAAACAGAGUCGCGUGUGAGAUGGGGCUGUAUUACGUCCUCCACAUCGCUAAGCAGAGGAAUAAGAACGCUCUGCAGCGGUUACUUCCUUCUUUGGUGGAGACAUACAAUGACAUGGCAUUCGGAGACAUUUUCCUUCAUCUCCUUACCGGCCAUCUCACCCUCCUGUCUGACGAGUUCGGCACCGAAGAGUUCUGCACAUCCGUUUUCGACAACUUCCUCCUCACGUCCUCAUCCAGCAAGGAGAACGUGCACAGACACGCCCUCCGCUUGUUGAACCAUCUCCACCAGAAAGUGAACCCGUCCUCCAUGGAAGCCCUGAUGAAAACCCUUGAGCCACCCAAACAGAGCAGCGAGCCGGUGAAGGAGCUGUACACACAGCUUGUGGAGAAGAUCGAGGCGUCUAAAAGGAGUCCACCCGAACCCGAGGAGGCUCCGACCCUGGACCUGGGCCUGCACCCGGUCACCGUCCCCACUACGCCCACCACUCCUGUCUGAUACAGAUUGCACAUACAUACACACGCACACACACAGGGGUGGAGCAGAUUUCACUUGUGUUUUGAUUCAGAGUCAUUUCUCUCUCUCUCUUUUUUCUCAUCAAGAGGUCAUUUAAAAAACUUCAGCUUGAUUUGAGAAUGGCACCGGCGAGAGUCAGUGCUUGUUUCGUAAUGAGUAAAGAUUUUAAAGUGCGAUCUGGUUUAAUUGUUGUAUCAGUUUAAAGUGAUACCAUGUGUACAGUGAUGUUGUGUAUGUGUACUGUAUGAAGUAUGGAUUGGUUUUGUAGCGCAACUGUAAAUAAAAUUAUUUAGUAAAUAAUCUUGUCAUUCUAAGA